CUUUCUCUUCUUCACUCACUUUAUUCAUGGGUGGCGGAGGAGCCAUGAGGACGGUGGCCAAGUUUGCCACCGCCGGGAUCAGGGGCGUGCCGUCUGUUCGGAGAGCUUCGUCGCAGACAGCGGCGGCUUCUGAAGUGUCGCCGCUGCAGGCAGCGGCGUGGGACGACGUGGACGACUGGGAAGUGGCGGACGGCGGCGAGGGUACGCCGAGGGUGGUGUUGGGCGGUGUCCCUAGCUUUCAGGAGGCCACGUCAGCCACCACUGAACUGAAACAUGCUAUUGAUAAGAUAUACCUAUCUUCAAAUUCUUCCGAAUGCGACGGUUGUUCUCUCAGUGGUCAUGUCUCUGUUAUGUCACCUUCUCAUUCUGAGUUAGAGAACAAAUCUCGUGUCACCGAGGCUAUCUUAAAUCCUUCAGAGUCAAACCGUGCUUUACAGGCUUUUCAAUUGCUUAGUGAAUGUCCUGAGGCCCAGAGUGUGGUAGCUUCGAUUGCUUGUGACCCGAAUAUAUGGAACGCAAUCGUGCAAAAUCCUGCGCUACAAGAUUUCUUCCAGUCACAACAGACAGCUGAUUUUGAAGUAGAGGAAACUCAUGAUCAAAGACUGGGAAACUUACCUUAUUCUGAUUCAGUGUAUGCAUUUAUUGAUUCGCUGAAUGUUCUCCAAAAUGUAAAGUUCACUGUAUCUGAAAUGUUGAGCAGAGUGCCAAAUUACCUUCAGAAUAUGUUCGGGUUCUUAUCUGGUCAGACAUCUUCUGCGGUUAUUGAUGCUAGAGGAAACACAAAAGCAAACUUCAUGGAUCCUAUCACUAUGGGAGGAACUUUCAUGGGGUUGGCAGUGUUGGUUGUGAUGGUGAUAAUGCUGAAGCGAGCUUAAACUCUAGGCAGAAAUUAGUUAAUUAUAGUUUGCUAUUUACUAUGAUCAUGUUUUAUCUUUUGCAUUAAUAAAAUUGUGAGCUAAAUAUGAAAGGCACUUAUGGGUAAAAGAUAUGAAAUUUAUUGUGCGUUACCUGUUUUUGGUCGGUUCCGAAAACCAACCACCAGUAUCGAGUUUGAAUUUUUUUAAUAAAUCAAAAUAUACAGUUGGAAAAAACAUGUCAAUUUAAAUCUUAGUCUUGAUUCCUGUUA